CAAGUUGCUGUGGUCUCGUGGCGCUGGGACGGAGAUCUACGAACCAAGGGCUCCUGGAACAUUGCGAGUGUUGUAAACGUCGCAAAGCGGCGAGGUAUUCGAUAUCUGUUUAUCGACACCAUCUCCAUCGACCAAACAUUGCCUGUCGACGACCUCAUCGAACAAGUUGUAGCGUUCUCGACACUGUACACGAAGAUUACGGUCCUCGCUGCCUACGAUAAGACUGGAGAUGACUGGAGACAUAUGAAAUCCACUGUUCUACGUCCGUGGAUUCUGAACGAGAUCCGCCUUUUCCGGCAGAAUUCCGGCACAAUCAUCUACGCAGGACAUGCUCGCCAGGGUUGUAUGCAUGCUGGACAGAUUGGAGAGGGAGGUAUUGGAGUAAGGUUGGCUGCGUAUGGUGUCUCACACAAGGACUCCUACUUCAAACUCUUGCUCGAGACCAUCUGGUGUACUAGCUUCAUUGAAUCCAUCAUUGGUGUACUACUUGAGGAUGUUGGGAUGUCUUCCACCUUGGACUUCAAAUACAUCAUACAUGCUUACUCACACAUUCUUUCUGUUGCGUACGAACAGAUGGAACGCAAUGACUACCUUCUAACGACGGCGAUCCUCUGCCAUGCUCUUCGGAAAGAUGACUUGGCGGAAAAAGGCUUCAGGAUCAAGAGAAACAUUGAGAAGCUUCGCUACUGUCGUUACAGUUUUACCGCA